AUGCCUUCCUCUGCCAACAACUCCGGUGACGAGGGCGUCGCCUCACCCACAGACAGCCAGGCCACAAUCAACAAUUCCCCGGCGUCGACCGUGAGGUCCCCGUCAACCGGCCGAUGUUCGCCAAGCAGCUGGUCCUCCGUCAGCAGUGCCCCGGAUCAGGGCUACGAGGCGGACGACGAGGAAGAGGAGGAGGUAGAGGAGGAGGAAGAGGAAGAGGAAGAGGAAGAAGAUGAUGAUGAUGAGAACGAGAAUGCCGAGCCUGAGGAGGAAAUUGACGCUGCCUCCUCCGCCAACUUGCCGCACGCCUCAUGUGUCCACACCGUCGACACCGAGCUGGUCACCCUGGAAGAGGCUUCGGAGCCCACCAACUCGCCUGAACGGCCAACACGUGAGCAGGUCGAUAACCCCCUGGAUCGCGUGGAGCGCCAAGCAUCCAAUUUUCUCCUGCCAAUGGAGGCGGAUUCUGAGGUGGAUAUGGAGGAUCUCCUUCUUGCCCUUUGCGAGCGUCGCGGUUACAACUGGGAUAUGAGCGAGGACGAGAGGAUCUAG